AUUGGUAUUACUAUUGCAAAAUAAUGGAUGAAUUGAAUCUGACGAACCAGACAACGCAAAUCUCUUCCGUUCUUCUGCGGUCUCUAUAUACUCGCUCUCCUCGCUUCUUCUCUCCCACGGUAACGAUUCCCAGACUCUCUCUCUUCUGUCGGGUUUCAGUUACCUGGAACUUUUUUCUCUGGGGUUGAGAUAAGUGGGGUUCGUGUUACGAAUUCGGACGAUAUCAUAGUCAGAAUCGAGGUUUUCUCGUCCUUGUCGGGAUGAAACCCGGAAUGGGGAUUCUGUGUCAGUUGUGUCUUUGAUAUUUUGAUGUUCUGUUCUGCAACUGCGUAAUAUAUUCCUGCAGAACCUAGUUUGGUUGUUGGUAGCGAUGCUGUUUGCUUCGUUUAUGAAUCUUCUGAAUCAGACCGAUGGUUUCGUGUCUGGGUUUCUCGUCUUCGGUUGCUUCUCGCAGGAAAAACGAGACUCCCGAUGCCUGUGAUCGGAAAAAUCCGGAUUGCAAUGAUGGGUUCGUCAAAAAACCUCGUAUUGUUCGUGAAUUUGAUAGGAAAAGCAUGAUUUCCCGGAGGAAAAUUGACGCUGCGGACUGGUUGGGUAAGAAGGAACAGAAUCUCUCAAAUCGGUUGUGUUCGGAGUGUGCGUUACAUGAUGGGUUUGGUCGGAAGAGGAACGCGACCGGGGAAGCAAGAAACGGAGGCAUCGCAACGUUACCGGAUACAGAGAUCGCUGAAAAUGGCGAUGCUGAAGGAGGAAAAGAGAACGAAGAAGGGGUUCCAAGUGAUGAAGACCAGAUAUUCGACGUUAUUACCCUGAGAAAAAUGGUGAAGAGAGAGAGGAAACGAGGGGAAUCUCUCGACGCAGAGCUGGAGAAGGAGAGAGUGGCGGCAUCUUCGGCCGCAGAAGAAUCCAUGGCCAUGCUUCUCAGACUGCAGAGCGAGAAGAGCAUGGUGGAGAUGGAGGCGGAACAGUACAAGAGAAUUGCCAAGCAGAAGCAAGAUUACGAUCAGGAAAUGGUCCGAGAAUUGAAAUGGCUGGUGAUGGAACACGAGGAAGAGAGGGGCGUGCUCGAAGACAAACUGAGAUUGUGCGUAGAAAAGCUGAAAACGUAUUCGGAUGGAGACGGCGAAACCGACAUGGACGGGUUCUUGGAAAGCCUCGUGGGUCAGAGGAGCGACAUGGGUUCGCCGGAAAUGGAUUCCAAGGAACUGUGUGAUGUUAACAUUGUUGAGUGUUCAGAGAAACAGGAAUUCAGUUUCAGUAUAAGAAAGCUAGAACUGUAAUGGAGUUCUUAGCUGCUGUUGUUGGUUGGGCCCAUGGAUAUGUAAUUAGAUUUCGUCAAUGGAUGAAACUUUCAAUGCUA